UUUAAAUUUGACAUUUCAUUAUCAGGUGGCGCUGGAACGCGUAUGCGAAUGCAACUUUUUUUUGUAUAUUAUUCUCAGUUGCCUUGCCUCACACAAUAAUCGACAAUUCGAUUACUGAGUUGUGUGCGUUUAUUCAGAUAUUUCCACAUAAUUGCUGUGGCAAAUAUUAUCUAAAUGUUUUGUACGAUUCGUUUUAUUGAAUAACAGUGAUGUGAUAGUUUAGAGUUUUAUUAUUAAACUGGCACAAUAUUGCAAUGUCGGCUAAAGAUAAGUGGGUACGCCGGUUCUCGGUGGACGAAACAGCAAAACACAAGAAUGGAUUUACUAUUUACAAGAUUACUUCUGUGCUGUUCCCGAUCCAGUCUCCGGAGGCUCUGACAGUAGUGUCGGUAUGGAAGCGGUACAGUGAUGUCCAGAGACUGCACAAGAGUAUGCGCUCCCUGCAUGCAGGACUACACCUGCGGGGCACAUUCCCGUCUCUACCUCGAUACAGUUUCUUCAAGAGAUUUCAGCAAGAGGUGAUCACGGAGCGUGCCAAGACAAUAAAGUCCUUGUUGGAGUUUGUGGCGGAGCAUCGUCUGCUGUUCACUAGCACUGACUUCGUCAACUUCCUACAGACCGGGUACCCUGAACCGCAGCCACAAGCGGGCGGAGUGAUUAACGCGAUCAGAUCGUCCCUACACCUGCCCAUUGAGGAGACUCCCCCACUUGAAUACCAGACUGAUGACGAUGAUACUUCCAGUCCUACGCAUACAGCACGGGCCGCCACAGAAUCCUCGCACGCCUCCAUCACCAGUCGAGACGAACCCGACUUCAUAUCACAGAUACCCAUCUACGAAGCAGCCGACGUCGAGAUCCGACGCUCACCAAAAAAAGUCUCCCCAACAGACAGCUUCGAAUCCAUAAACUCAAUAGAAAGCAUCGACAGUGACCUCUAUGACGAACUAAACAAACUAACAGUGGAUAAAAAGCCUAGUGUCAAAACUAAAUCAGUGUUGCCAGACUUAAUAAUUUUUGAUGCACCGUCAACUUCAAAAUAUGAUGAUUGUGAUACAGUGUCUCUUACAUCUAAUGUUUGUUCUUCAACUUCGUGCGAAGUGGACUCUAGACGAAGUAGUUCGCGAGUGUCUUUGUACAGUAAAAGUGUUGUGUCCUUGUCUAACGCGGAGUGCAAGACGAAGACGGAGGAUAGUUAUGUGUUCGAAGCUGGGUAUAUGUUGAAUCUGGCGGCGCGGUGCGAGGAUAUGGGCGACUACCAGCGAGCCUUCGAGUGUUACAAGUCUGGUAUUGAGAAGAUGCUUAUUGGUGUACAAAAUGACACGGACCCACAGCGGCGGGCGCUGAUCAAGGAGAAGACUAACAAGUACCUCUCGUACGCCGAGGAGAUCUACAAGAACCAUCUCUGUGAUACUGAACAAACUCUUCUGUCUGAACCCGAAGAGCCGCUCCGUCCCCUCCACUGUCCGAUCCCGCUGUCGAUGUUACGGCGGCCGUAUGAGGAGCUCGCCUUGUACCGUGUGCUCGACAUCCUCGGAUCCAGCAUCAUGCUCGUCCUCCACAGGACUGAACAGGCCUACUAUGCUAUGAAGGUGAUCCAAAAAAUACCGAACAACCUUACAGAAUUCGACGAAUUCUUUCUUCAGCGGACGAACGAAACACGACAGCCUGUGUUACCAACAGUUAUACCGUACAUGGUGCCACUGCAAGCCUAUAUAGAAACAAAUAAUUUGAUAUUCCUAAUCCUCUCCUACGCACCAGGGAAGAAACUAUUCGAUUACAUAAAAAACUACUCCAAAUCAUUACCCACAACACCAGCGAGAGAAGUGAACUUAGAAAAUGUAUUCACAGAACCGAAAAAUAAGAAUUUUGAAAAGACUGACAAUAAUUGUGACGUAGUACAAACCGAAGUCGAGGCGACGAAUAAUAACAAAGAGUUGUCUGUCAACGAAUUGGUGUUGAAUUCUCAGAAACUGCUGUUGAAUGUUGAUAAAGUUUUGUGCGAGUCCCCGGCUGAGGUGGCGACUAGUGAACGCGGCGAUUGUAAAGUUGAUAACGCGUGUGAUACCACUCCUAGCUUUAAAAGGUCUCCGUGCGGGGGUCGCGAGCUGCCCGCGUCGGCAGUGUGUCGCUGGGCGGCCGAGAUACUCACAGCCCUGCACUGUCUGCAUAAUGCAGGCGUCAUAUGCAGAGACCUGAACCCCUCAAACAUUCUACUCGGCGACCGCGGCCAGGUUAUCUUGACCUACUUCCAGUACUACCCGGGCCCUGACAUGCGGGUCUCGGUACUCCGGCCGGGCGCGGCCCCGCGUGCUUACAUCGCCCCGGAGUUAUACACUAACACGUUGGACGAGACCCCGGACUUGGAUCACGUUUGUGAUUACUGGAGCUUCGGAGCUGUGCUCUAUGAACUCGUUUGUGGGAUUCCUCUGUCACAUUACCACGGCAAUUUGUUCACGUCACACACAAUACUGCAGCUACCCGACGGACUACCGCUCGAAGUACAAUCCAUACUCACACAGCUCCUUACAUACGAGCCGUCAGAGCGACUGGGCGCGGGAAAAGAUGGCGUCGAAGAAAUCAAACGGCAUCCCUACUUCAAACAUAUAGAUUGGCAACAAGUCUAUGACAGCUGGGCGGCCCCUGACUGACGGGUGAUUGAAAAUAAGUGAGUU